AUGGUUCUAUACCCGAUUUGCAAGCAUAAUGAGACGGAAUUUGAAGCACUAAUUUCAGCAAGAAAAAAUUGGGUAUGUCUGAAAUGUAAAAAGGCCCGCAAAAAUAUCCAAACGACAGAUAAGUGCUCAAGCCCCCCAAGAUCGGCUACACAACGACCAACGGUCGACGCCUCUUCCCAAUUACUACUUUCUGCCAUUAAAGACCUUACAGAAGAGGUCAAGGGAUUGAAAGUCUCCCUCGAUGCCAACGCUAACGAGGUGAAAGAACUAAAAAUAACCCUCGAAAAGCAAGCCUCUAUCACUUUCGAGAAUGCGGCGAAACUGGACACAAUAGAGUCACUACUAGAGGCUCAAAACUCUAUGAUAGACGGACUGUUCCUGGAAAACACGACUCUCAAUCGGGAAGGCGGAACUUGUCAAUCAGAGGAACAAACAGAUCUGGAAGAGGCUCCAGCGUGUCGUUUCUCUGGAAAAGUUGCAGUGAUCAGUGAACCCGUUCUGGAACCGGUCCUCGUUGCUUGGGACAAAAACUAG